AUGGCAGAAUUAGGUGUGGCCGCCAGUGUUAUAGCAGUCAUUCAGUUGACUAGCCAAAUAGUCUCAUUACUUGGUCAGUACGGUAAUACGGUGAAAAGCGCGAGAGAUGACAUUAGUCGACUACAUAACCAGCUCCACUGUGUGGCCGAGAUCUCCAAAGCUGCCCAACAGCUCCUCAAAGAACGGAAUAACGAGAAACUAAAGACGUCUCACAAGUUGCAUGUCCCCUUCCGAGAUAUUCAUGCGCAACUUCAGAUACUCGAGCGCGAAUUCAACCAGAGUGGGACACAGACGGCUAUCGGCCGUAUCCUAUAUCAUGCUUUCACAUGGCCAUUCAAAGCAAGGAAGAUAGAAAAAUUAACCCGAGACCUCGAAAAAUGCACACAAGCCAUAUGGACAGCCUUGCAGAUCGACCAAGCGUAUGUUUUCGGCAAUGGACUAUUUGUAGCACUUGCUGACCUGGCAUUCAUUAGAAACCUUCUUCUAGAACUCGAUAGCAACACAUCUCAUCUUGGUCAAUAUAUUAUCAUUGGGAACCUUCAAGUCGCUGAAGGGGCGUCCUUUGAUUCCCAUGCAGAAGCGCACAAUCCUACAUGCCACCCGCAGACUCGAGUCGAUAUUCUACAGAAAAUAUCUCAAUGGAGCGAGGAUUGCCGUGCUGAUCCUAUGCUUUUGCUGAGUGGAAAGGCCGGUACAGGAAAGUCGACAAUAGCCCGUACUGCUGCUCGUUCGUUUGCGACGCUCGGUCUUCUCGCUGCUAGCUUCUUCUUCAGAAGAGGCGAAGGUGAUCGAGGUAGAGCACUUAGACUUAUUACUACGAUUACCAUACAGCUUGUAGAAAAUCAACCAGCCCUAGUGCCAUAUGUCAAAGAUGCUGUCAGGAUGGAUCCCAGGAUCACUCAGAAGUCGAUACGAGAACAAUUCAACAAAUUGAUUCUCGAACCAUUAUCGAAAGCCCGGGCCAUAGAGAAUCAACCUUCACUCAUCAUCGUUGUUGAUGCGUUGGAUGAGUGCGACGACGAAGAUGACAUUAAACUAUUGAUUGAACUAUUCUGCAGUCCAAGAACCGCGCGAAAUUUGCAACUUUUACGAUUUUUAACCACCAGCAGACUCGAGUUGCCGAUUCGUCUUGGAUUGAACACUGUUAAUGGGGCAUAUCGGGACUUGACCCUUGACGAAGUUCCUUCCCAUGUCAUUAAGAAUGACAUAGAGAUUUUUCUAGAGCACGAGUUCAAAAAGAUUCGGAAUCAGUUUAAUCCUUCCGUGACCGAGAAUCGAAGACUUCCAGCAAGUUGGCCUGUCCCUUCUGACAUUCAUAAUAUCGUGGACAUGGCAGAUCCUCUUUUUAUCUUUGCUGCGACUGUAUGCCGCUUCCUUGCAGAUCGGAAAACAGGGAGCCCGCAGGGGAAACUUGAUAUGAUCCUGGAACACAAAACAAAAAGUCUUGGUACUAAGCUUAAGGCUACAUAUCUCCCUAUCUUAGAGCAACAGCUCGCUGGAUUAUCCAUCCACGAAAGACGUACAACGAUUGAGCAUUUUCGAAAUAUUGUCGGCUCAAUAGUUCUUCUCGCAAACCCGCUCUCCACGCAUGCUUUAGCAGCGCUCCUAGACAUAUCUCAAGUCAUUAUCGAUGAUAGACUCGAUCUGCUUCACUCGGUUCUGGUUAUCCCCAUGACACCUAAGUCUCCUGUGCGUCUAUUCCAUCUUUCCUUUAGCGACUUCCUGUUGGAUUCCGAAAAUCGGAUUCAAAAUCCCUUUUGGGUAGACCGGAAGCAAAUUCACCAAAAGCUAGCAACACACUGUCUCCGGGUAAUGAACGACCGCCUUUCAAAAGACAGUUGUGAAUUGAAAUGGGCGGGAGCAUCUCGCUCAAGAAUCGACCCCGAGGUAAUAAAAGAACGCCUUCCCGCUGAACUUCAAUACGCCUGCCUGUUCUGGACGUACCACCUCAAGGAAGGAUGUCAAUACAUCUACGAUGUUACCUUGGUUCAUAAAUUCCUCCUUGAUCAUUUUCUCCAUUGGGUCGAGGCUUUAAGCAUUCUAGAAAGAGAUGCCAAGUUGAAAAGAUUUGUAACUGAUUCUCACCACUUUUUGCUCGCCUACGCAUCGGCCAUCAACUUAGCACCGUUGCAGGUGUACUUUUCAGCCCUCAUAUUUGCCCCAGAAACAAGCAUUGUAAAAAACUCGUUCUUGGAAGAACAUCCUAACUGGAUUUCCCUUCUUCCUGAUGGAGCUGACAGUGGAUGGGGCCGAUAUGAAUUGACCCUUGACAGACACAAAGACUCAGUUACCUCGGUCAAUUUCUCCCACGACUCGAAGUUUGUUUUGUCUGGAUCAACGGACAGAAUAGUCCGAAUUUGGUCGGCUAGCUCUGGUGAGUUGCAUAGAACACUCAAAGGCCAUGGAAAACCUGUCAGGUCGGUUGUGUUUUCGCAUAAUUCAGAACUCGUUGCUUCAGCUUCAGAUGACCAGACGGCUCGGAUCUGGUCGACCGCGACGGGUGAACUACGGAGAAUACUUCAGCACAGCGAUGUCGUUUUAUCAGCCGUAUUUUCACAUGAUUCGAAACUUAUUGUAUCAGCCUCCAAUGACAAGUUAGUCCGAAUUUGGUCUGCCGAUACAGGUGAGCUGCAAAAGGUGUUGGAGGGGCACCAGGACACUGUUAAUUCAGUCGCAUUUUCACACAACUCGGGGCUCAUUGCAUCUGCUUCAGAUGACAAGACAAUUCGCAUCUGGUCGACUAGUACAGGCGAGCUGCAGCGCAUUCUUAUUGGCCAUAACAGCCUUGUAACGUCAGUUGUAUUUUCACAUGACUCAAAGAUUAUCGCGUCAGGUUCAUACGAUUGUACAGUUCGACUCUGGACAGCCGAUACUGGUGAUCUCGCAUUAACGUUAAAUGGUCAUAAAGGAGCUGUUACCUCAGUCACACUCUCGCGUGACUCGACGUUCCUCACUUCGGCUUCACUCGAUAUGUCAAUCCGGGUCUGGUCGACACGUACGAAUGAGUUGCAGCAAGCACUUCAUGGGCAUCGUCGCGGUGUAACCUCAGUCUCACUAUCGAACGAGUCAAACCGCAUUGCAUCGGCCUCAGAUGACAAAACAUUAACAUCGGUUGUUUACGUGAACGAGUUCCUUUUUCUCGCCAAGAUCUAG